UGAGGCGGGCGGGGCCCUUUCUCCCUGCGGUCCCCUGAUGUUGCAGGAACAGCAGAUCGGACUCAGACGGAACCAGAAACGGUCCAUUUUAACAGCGUCUCUCUCCUUCGGUUAUUCCACACUAUGGGAUUAUUAAAUAAACGGGUUUAACGUCGGACCCUCUCUUGGUUUGCUCCAAUCAGUGCAGUGGAGUGGGAUUUUCUGUCGUGUCAGUGGAAGUAAGCAGUGUUUUUGGUGUAUCAGUCGCCAUGGCCUGGCCCUGCAUCAGCCGGGCCUGCUGCAUGGCCCGGUUCUGGAACCAGCUGGAUAAGGCUGACAUCGCGGUGCCUCUGGUCUUCACUAAAUACACGGAUGUGUCGGAGAUGCAGCACAUCCAGCUGCAGCCGCAGCUCCAUCCUCCACAGGCCGGGGUCGCCAUAGAAACGCAGCCUCUGCGCGCAGAACCCCGCGCCGCCAGAGCGCCGCGCGGGCCGCGGAGGUGCGUCUCCGAGGAGCGCGUGUGCAGCUCGGUGAUGCGCGAGGACUUCAAACACUGGAAGGUCCGUCCGGAGCCCAGCUGCAAACCCAGGAACGAGUACCACGAACCGGAGACGCCGUUCAACACCGAGACCCAGUACCAGAAGGACUUCAAGCCCUGGCCCAUCCCCAAAAGGUACGACCAUCCCUGGAUACCCCCAGCGGGGCACGACCCGCAGCCCAGGCACGACCCGCGGCCCAGGCACGAGAAGAAGCACCUAGCGCUGGAGGCGGAGUGCGGCGUGGAGAAGGGCGCCAUAGCCGACAAGGUGCAGGAGAAAGACCUGCUGCAGAGGCAGGAGAGGAAGAAGCGCUCCAGUAAGCAGGUGGUGCUGAAGGUGGAGGCAGAGGGCAAAGGCAGGGCGGCGGUGGAUGCCCUGAACCGACAGAUCAAACAGGAGAUCGGCGCUGGCAGCUCCUACAAAACUGAGUUUAAGGCGUAUAAAGAUGUGAAGCCAGUGAAGAUGAUUCGUGCAAAGUCUCAGUACCUGCCUCCAGAUGAAAAGACGAGUUUAGAGACCAGCUACAGCGCCAACUUUAAGGGACUCGCUCCACUGCAGCCCGCUGACAACAAGGCCCAGGAGAGGAGGAGGAUACGCAGUCUGUACAGCGAGCCCUACAUAGACCCCAUCAAACAGGUUGACAGGUAUAGUGCCCUACGCUCUAAACCUAAAAAGCCUGGAGCCACAGCCGCAGGCCAGGGUAAACCAGCGAGGAAAGCCAAAGAUAAGCAAAGCGCCACGCUGAAGGGCUCCAAGAAGACGACCUCGGAGAAUCAACCCGAGAACCGGCCGGCAGUCGGGGACAAGGAGAAAAGUAAAGAGAUCAACAACAAACUGGCUGAGGCAAAAGAAUCACUAUAGUAACGAGUGGGCGGAAGCUUCCUCUUUCUGUCUCCGCCAUUUGAUGCUACCCGCCUCCCCCACCCGCUGCUCACCACCAUCUCCAGGUUGCCAUGGCUACUUGGCUGCCUCGCCAACCAAUUGGAUGACUGUCGUUGCAUGGGCUCAUUUACAAGCACGUCUGAGGGGUUGGCUUUGAUCAGCUGAGCAGAUUGCUUAGUAGAGUUUAUCAAGGAUUUGUCUCUCUUCCCUUUUUUUGUUCUUUUUGGAAGCAAAAAAAUGACUUAUUGGCUCUUUUUUAUUCAAUCUUCAUUUGUUUUUAAAAAGAAAAUCUUUGAUAAAUGUACCGCUUGGGUAUUCAUGAUGUGUCUGUGAUCCACAGCUUGUUCUGUACUUUUCUGUCUGUGUUUAAAUAUCCAUCAAUGCUUUGGUAAAUGUGAUUUCCUUUCUAGUGUUUUAUUAUGAACUCUGUUCAAUGAUAGUAAAUGUCGUAAAUCAUCUAAAGAUCCUGCUCCCACCAUUCAGCAUCUCCUUCUUUAAUGUAUAACGCCCCAUUUGUUUCUAGAGAGGCGGUUUAGUUGUAUUAGAGCGAUUAUGCAUUAAGGUCGAGCCCUCAGGAGAACAGAGCAGGAUUCCCUAUGAAUUACAUAACGCUGUGAUGCAGACAUAACCCUUUUAAACCAAAGCAGCACUACCAUUCUAGUAAUACGAGAGGGAGGCGUUAUGGAGCAAAUGCUGGUCCAUUAUUUUUGUAGCAGAGAACAUGUUAUGUAAAUAGAAAUUUAAAAAGAAUGCAAUCCAGAAAUGAAACUUGCUUUGCAUUAAUUCACUCAAAUGGAUGGAAACAUUAUUAGGCCCGAGCAGCAAAGCGCUGCGAAGGCCUAUUGUAUUUCGAAAGUUUCUUAUUAUUAUUAUUAUUAUUAGGCCCGAGCAGCAAAGCGCUGCGAAGGCCUAUUGUAUUUCGAAAGUUUCUUCUUCUUAUUAUUAUUAUUACGAUUCUUGUUAUUAUUAUUAUUUUUUUUUAAGUUUUCUCUAAAUUGGCAUCACAUUUGGAAGGAACACUGCUACUGUCAUUGUGGCAAAAUACAACACGAUAAUGUGCAUCAACAACAAUGUCAGUCAUAGUGUAGUUAAACAUAUUUCAUGGCAGCUUUUUCAGCAUUAGUUCAGGGAAUACAACCUUUCAAUGAAUGUCCACUUUACUAAAUCAUUCAUCAUAUUUCUAAACAUCUAUCCAAGAACUUAUGCAAGUCCCUCAUGUUUAUUGUCAUCAGUUCUCAUUCUUAUUACAUCAUUAAUCCUCCAGCGAACACAGUUCAUGCAUAACAUAUCCACUAUCAGCAUGUAGUUAGUCCACCUGAGCACAGUCCAUGUAUAACAAAACCACUAUUAGUGUAUAAAUGAUGCAAUCACUACAUAUUUAGCAUAAGGUAGACAUAAGACUAGUAAAUAUGCACAAAAACUGACAUUUUUUAAAUAGAGCAAAUCAGUUUGGCAUUUUUUUCCUUCACUGGUUUGGAAGGUAAUUGUGUUUUGGUCUUCAUGCUAGACCAGAAACAUGUAGAGUUCGGUUCUGCAUUAUUGACAUUGUUUAUUAAAAACAUGAUGCAGGAUGAGCUUUAUGUGGUUCUGUCUGUAAAUAGAAAUGUUCAAUAAAUUUCCCCCUAAAUGUCUCCCAGCACUAAAUGCUUAAUUGCGAUAAAGACAGACUUUUAUCACAAAUAUCACCACCUGCAUUAAACUAAAGUGGUAACUAGUCUGACAGCGUAACAGAGCGACAUACCCCGUCUUUUAAUGAUAGUUUAAAAUCUGAAUUAUCCAUAAUUUUAUUCAGUAACCUAAUAGGCUCUUGUUUUGUUACUUCUAAAUAUUUCUUGUCUAAUAAUGUGCAAGACAUUUUUUUGUAUAUUCAGUUUUUUAAUUACAUGUACUACUUGUUUUUUUAAAUUCAGCGUAAGAAAAUCGCUGCUCGUUUUUAAUGAAAGAUCCCCCUCGAUACAAGAGAAAACUGUUUAACCCUAUAAUGCCAAAUGUAUCAUAUUUGAUACAUACGGUUUCUGAAAUGUUUUGCGUCUGACACCUUUUGCAUAAUUUAAUGGUAAAAACUUUGCUCAAAAUCCUAUUGUACACAAUCAG